CCUGCCGUUUACAACGUAGUCGCGAUUAGUCACGGACUGUUGUGAAUCGGAGGCCAGCGGAGCCACAAUGCCAGACGGGGGAGCCCCUUUCUCAGCAACACAGCACAGCAUCACAGCCUCGCCUCGCUGAAAAAAAAAAAGAAAAAAAAGAAAAACGACGGGCAGGAGAGCAAUGCAAAGGGAUGUAAGAUGGCAGAGCUACAAAUGCUGUUAGAGGAGGAAAUCCCGGCCGGUCAAAGAGCGCUGGUGGAAAGCUAUCAGAACCUGUCCCGGGUGGCGGAAUACUGUGAAAACAAUUAUGUUCAGGCUCAAGACAAAAAGAAAGCCCUGGAGGAGACCAAAGCCUACACCACCCAGUCUCUGGCCAGUGUUGCCUACCAGAUCAAUGCCUUAGCUAAUAAUGUGCUGCAGCUGCUGGACAUCCAGGCCUCGCAGCUGCGACGCAUGGAGUCCUCCAUCAACCACAUCUCCCAGACGGUGGACAUCCACAAGGAGAAGGUGGCGCGUCGAGAAAUCGGCAUCUUGACCACAAACAAGAACACCUCUCGCACCCACAAGAUCAUCGCUCCGGCGAACAUGGAGCGGCCCGUUCGGUACAUCCGGAAACCCAUCGACUACACGCUGCUGGAUGACGUGGGGCACGGUGUCAAAUUUGAGGAGCCUGCCCCUCCUCCACCUCCUCCACCUGUGGACUACGAGGAGGAGGAAGCUGCAGUCGUUCACUACAGUGAUCCCUACGCGGAUGGAGACCCCAACUGGGCCCCCAAGGCUUACUUAGAAAAAGUUGUGGCCAUCUAUGACUACUCAAAGGAUAAGGAAGAUGAGCUGUCCUUCAUGGAGGGCGCCAUCAUCUACAUUAUCAAAAAGAACGACGACGGAUGGUUUGAAGGCGUCUGCAACGGCGUCACUGGACUCUUCCCUGGAAAUUAUGUUGAAUCAAUCAUGCAUUACGCUGACUAAAGAAAA